CCCACAGGCUCGAACCUGCCGAAAAUGGUCACGGUCCACCGCAAAGAUUCCACUAUUGCAGAGAGGGUUCAGGCUUUGACCCUACAUGCGAAUAGCGCCAAGAUUCCUCAAAUUGAAGCCAUCACGGGCAUUAAAAAAGCCGCUUUUUACGCUCCAUUGAAGAAGGCGAAGGAUAGAGGGUACGCGCCUGGCGACAAGAUUCAAGACCGGCACGUUGAAAAUGCUCCAAAGAGUGGUCGCCCAAAA